GCAUGCGCAGUAAAUGUUUUCCGAUUUUGCACGUGUUGAAUGUCAAGUUAAACUUUUAUUUAUUAUAAAAAAUAAAAUACUAAUAAUUGCCUUGUAAACCAAAUGAAACUUUCAAAAUGACCAGUGAAAGUUUUAUAAACAGUAUUCUAUCUAUAAUCGAAGAUAAUACUUCAGACCCAACAUUAUUUUUCAACGUUCAGGAUAAAGCAGCAAAAUCCUUCAAACGAGCAACAAAAAUUCUUUACGAUUUUACAAAGAAAAAAACAGACAAUGAAGCUCAAUCUCUUCCGGAAUUAAUAAUUGAUGGAUUUGAUGAAGAACAAAUUUGGCAGCAAAUCGAAUUACAGAAUGAUCAUGUAAUUCCAGCAUUAAUAGCUGACAUAUCAAAACUUUUAUCAAAUAAACAAUUAACACAACCUCUGGAAUUUUUGGAUGAUUUGAAAUCAAAAAAGAAUUCUAAAAGAAUGUCUGAAGAAGAUGAAAAUGAUGACGACGACGAUGAUGAUGAUGAUGAUGAUGAUGAAGCAGAAAUGAGUGAUGAAGAAUUUGACGAUAAAUUAAAUAGCGCAGAAGAAAAUUCAGGCAGUGAAUCUGAAAGUACAAAUACCAACAGUAAAAUGAACAAAACAAAAAAACGAAAACAAGAACCUUCCAUAGUAGAUGAUAAAUUUUUUAAAAUACAAGAAUUAAAUGAAUAUUUAAACAGAGAAGAUAGAAAAGAAUCAAAGAACUUGAGUAAAACGAAGGUAACCUCGGAUGAUGAGUUUGUUGAUUUAUUUAAUGAUUUCUCCGAUGACGAGGAUGAGAACGAAGAAACACAGAAUGGAAGACUUGUUAAAUAUGCAGAUUUUUUCGACAGUCCUGAAUCAGAUGGCGAAACAGAAAAUAACCAAGAACAAUCGCAGCAAGAAGGAAAUUUUUCUAAUGAAGAAGAAUUAGAAUCAGAUGGUGAGUUGAUGGAGAAUUCUGAAGAACAAACAUCUCCAGCAGCAAAACGAGUCAAGUUUAACUUACCUCUCGAUUCCGAGGAGUCAAAUGAGUCAGAUGAUAAUUCUGAAAAGCUAGAGAAACAGAAAGUAAAAUCCUCGCUUGAAGAACGACAGGAACGAAUUAAUAAAAAAAUUAAAGUAUUAGAAGAGGAAGCUAUAUCCGAGAAACCAUGGCAAUUAAAGGGAGAAGUUAGUGCUUCGAAUCGACCGCAAAAUUCACUUCUCGAAGACUUUGUAGAAGUUGACGUUGUUUCUAGACCACCGCCAAUUAUUACCGAACAAUGUACUCUAGACUUGGAAGACAUUAUUCGACAGAGAAUAAAAGAUAAAGCUUGGGACGAUGUAGAGAAAAAAAUAAAACCAGUAGAAACACCAACUGAAUAUAAAAAGAAGUUAAUAAUGGAUCAGGAGAAAAGUAAAUUAAGUUUGGCAGAAAUUUAUGAGAAGGAAUAUGUCAAGCAAAAGCAAGCUUUGGAUCCGGAGCAAAAUACUGAAGAGGCUGAACCUAAGGAACACAUUGAAAUAAAGGAAAUGAUGCAUUCAGUAAUGAAAAAGUUGGACGCGCUUUCUAAUUAUCAUUACACUCCUAUACCAGCUAAACCAGAACUUAAGAUUGUCAGUAAUAUACCUGCUGUCAGCAUGGAAGAAGUAGCUCCAGUAUCGACAAGUGAUGCAACGUUGCUUGCUCCUGAGGAAGUUCAUGCCAAAAAACGCGGAGAUUAUCUUGGAAAAGGAGAAAGAACAAAAACAGACAAGAAACGCGAAGUUCGAAAAAGGAAAAAGAAACAACGAGAAAUUCAAGAAGCUAAAGAAGCGAAGGAGAAACUUAAAGCUGUGUCUGAAGUUCGUAAAAAACGAAACAAGGAAUCGGCUAAGGCGGUAGAGAAAUUAACAAAGAGCCGAAAUGUUAUAAAAAUGGACGAAAAAGAUCAUAAGACGACAAAAUCUUCGACUGCCUUCUUCAAUCAAUUACAAGAUGAAGUUCAGAGUUUAAUUAAAAUAAAAUCGAGCAAAAAGCCUGAAAAAAAGGACAAAUCCAAAAUCUCGGCUAUUAAGCUCAAAUUGUAAAUUUUGUAGAUACAGACAUUUUUUUUAAAUACAUUGUAUUUUGUAAAUUUGGAAUAAUUAAAAGUCCUAGUUUGCGACAAA